CUUAAAAAAAUAAAGGAUACAUUUUUUAAAAAGUAGACAAGCAGACAGGUAAAGACAUUUCAGGUAGAACAUUUUAGGCAAAAGAGUGAUAGGAGGAUGACUCCACCUCUAUCACCAAAAGCUGUGGGACUCCCACACACAGCAGUCUACAUCCCACACCUCAUUUAAAACAAUUCGAAAAACAAAAUAAAAUAAAAAAUAAUUUGGCAAGCACCUGCUAUGUGCCAGACUAUGGGGUUGGGGGGCAGUGUAUAGAAUAAUAUUGAGUAUUGAGUAUUUCCUAUGUAUGCCAGGUACUGUCCUGACCACUUUACAUAUAUUAAAUUACCUAAUCCUGCCAACCACUCUUUGGUAGACGUACUAUUAUUCCCUAUUUGCACGUGAGGAAACAGAGGCACAGUGAGGCCAAGCAAAUGGCAGAAUCAGGAUUCAAACCUAAGCAGUCUAACUUCACAGUCUGUGCAUUUGACCAUGCUAGUAACAAGCCUUGUUAAAGAAUGUCCAGGGUGAUUUGGAAGACGAGAGGUACUGCAUUCAGCAAGUAGAUCUGACAGGGUUUUGGAGGGGGGAAAAAAAGAGAGAGAGAGAGAUCUAAUGUGGAUGAUAGUAUCAACCAUCUAGAGAGGGAAUACAAGAGUUGGAGGAGGAAGAGCUGGCCUGUUAGGGAUCAAUAAAUAACAUCCCUUUUCCUGCCUGAGUUCAGAACCAAUGGGUCCAGAUGCAGGAGUCAGGCAGAAGGACACCAAAACAUGACCUUUUUGAUUAAGUUGAUCGUUACUGUGAUUUCAGACGUGAUGGGCUGCCAAGUGGGCUCGCUGAUGCUUUACCCCCUAAUUAAACAGAUUUGCCCACCUGGUCCCAGGCGCAGCUGGAGAGCAGAAAAGACAGGCUUCCUGGUUUUUGGUUUCAGACUUUGAACAGGCCAAUUCCAGAAGGAGGAAUCCAGAAGGCAUAGAGCAACACUGGUCCGGGUUCUUUUAUCUGUUCCCAGUCAGAAGUCAGCCCAGAGUAUUCCUCUAGCAGAAAAGUCCCCUUAUGAGAACAUCAAGAACAAGGAGUUUGGGGGGGAAGGGUAGGUGAAAUAGGGAGAGGUUAGUGAAAAAAAAUACAAAAUUUCAGUUAUAAGAUGAAUAAAGUCUGAGGAUCUAAUAUAUAACAUGGUGACUAAGUUGGUAACACUGUUUUGUAUAAGUGAAAUUUGCUGAGAGUAGAAAAAUGUUCUCAUUUCCCCCAAACCAUCAUGUUACAUACUUUCAUUAUCUUCCAGUUUUGUCAGUUUUACCUCAAUAAAACUGAGGGGGAAAAAAUAGGGAGUGCGUCAACUAUAGUCAAACAUGUUUCUUUUAAAGGGAAGGAGCCUUCCUCCGUUAACAUUUCUGAAAAUGUGUAUUAUCGACAAAAGAACUCUUUUUGUUUGCAAAUGAUUUGCUUCACAUGUUUUCUGUAUAUUACAAAUGAUUUGAACUUUUCAGAAGUACUUCUUCUAGGUAAAUAAAUUAUCUUCACCCCCCCCCCCUUUGUCUGGCAUAGAUGAGAAUAUCCUAAUGCUACACCCACACUAUUAGUUUGUCUGCCUCGGUUGUAGCAGUGACACUUCGGGCCGUGGAAGAAGUGAGCCCAGUUGGGAGAGCAGGAGCUACCCUCACUGCAGCCACAUCGCUCCCCUUCAAAUAUUUCCCGUCUCAAAGUAGGGAAGCAAAGAUGUCCGUUACUGUAAGUAAAAGAGAAAAUGAUAAAGGGAAUGACUUGACAUCAUGUGUCCUGAGUAAGACAGAAGGUGACGAGGAAAAGUUUGAAGAUGCCUAUGAAAUGAUCCCUGUGGCCACAACCAUGAACCUAAAAUCUUCCCUGGAAGAGUGCACAACUGGAUUGUAUUUAUUUCUAAAUAACAGAUUCUCAGAUGCCAUAAAUCUCAUUCAUCCAUGGUCGAAAACCAGCAUAUACCAUGCUCUAAUCUAUAAUAUCCUUAUGGUUGUCAAGGCCGUUUUGACUUUUGAUCCACAGGAUAUACAGACUGGAAUGGCUACUGCAAAGGAAGCUUUGAAAACCUGUAACAAUUUCCGAAGAAAGUCUAGGAUGAUGAAUUUUUCUCAUCUCGUGAGUAAACAGGGAAUAAAGACUAUCAAAGAGGAGGAACUGCAUGCUGAAGUCUGCUACGCGGAGUGUUUGAUUCUGAAAUCCACUGUCACAUUUAUACAGGAUGACAGUAUGCUUGGUUUUCUUAAAUGUGCAAUCAACAUCGGGUUAAGUUACCAAAUAUACAAAGACUGCCAACAGGUAUUAACACAGAUGCCUAACAACCACGGCAAAACCUGCAGACACCUGGUUGAAGGAGUAAAAUUUGGACUUGGAGCAUUCAAUCUGGUAUUGUCACUUGUGCCACCAAAGACACUUAAACUACUCAAUAUUGUUGGAUAUUCUGGUGAUAGAGAGGUAGGCUUGACUCUGCUUCACGAGAGUGCAUCCAAAUCCCAUAUAAAUAAUAUCUUAAGUGUUUUGACUCUAGUCUUUUAUUACACGUACAUCUAUGUAGCUAUUGGUGCUGAAAAGGGUCACAGUUCUGCUGUAGAGGAUCUCUUCCUAAUCUACCUCCAGAAAUUUCCAAACUGUGUCAUACUUAAAUUUUUUCAGGCACGUUUUAGUAUGCUGAAAGGAAAUUUUGAAAAUGCCCGGUUAAUAUUAGAGGAGUGCAUUUUUAUUCAAAAUGAAUGGAAGCAGGUUCAUCACCUCUGUUACUGGGAACUCAUGUGGUGCCACAUCUUUCUGCGGAAUUGGAAGCAGGCUCACCACUACGCUGAUCUACUGUCUCGUAACAGCAGGUGGUCUAAGGCAAUAUACAUGUACAGUAAAGCUAUGCUACUCUCCUUGCUCCCUUCAGAUUCUGUGAAAUCAGUGAGUGAGGACAUAAGCUCUCUCUUCUUGAAAGUGGAUAGCCUGAGAAUCAAAAUUUUGGGAACUUCUGUGCCAGUAGAAAAGUUCAUCGCCGAGAAGGGGCAGCGCUACGGCACCACCACAGGCUGGUUUACAGCACAGCCCAUUCUGGAGUUCAUUUACGCCUGGAGUGGUUUCCGAGUCAUGAGCAAAAAACUAGACCUUAUUUCAAGCUGGCUGUCGAUAAUUGAUAAAGGAGAAGACCUCUUACGAAAAAAUCCAAAUACCGAGUAUGGCACAGAUGACAUAAGUCUGUUAAAUUUGCUGAAAGGUCUGUGCCUGAAACAUUUGGGCAGAUAUUCAAUGGCUGAGCGUUACUUUAAUCGUGUCCUUCAGAAGGAGAAAUUGUUAAAAUAUGACCACUAUUUGGUGCCAUAUACUUACUACGAACUAGGAAUUCUCUACUAUCUAAAAGGAGAUUAUGACAGUGCAACAAAAAACCUAGACAACAUAAAAAACUACAAAGACUAUUCCAUGGAAGCUCGAUUACAGUUUAGGGCUCACAUAGCCCUUGAACAAAUAGCUAAAGAAAAGUGACGGUUUUGACACAAAGCAUGGUUUUGUUUAUGAUGUGUGAAGUAGCUGCAACCAGCAAGAAAACAGGUAGAAAAAUCAUUUCUUUGUGGAAGAAAUCCAAGAAGAGACAGCUGCUAAGAAUCUGAUCAGUAACAAGUAAGAAAGGGAUUGGCCAUUACUUUUCCCUCUUUCCUUCUCCAUACCUAUAAAAUGCAAUGUCUUAGACUGGCAAAUGGAGUGACGCCCAUUCUUGAAAAAGAAAAGGCAAAGCAUGUAUAGUUGACCGUUGAACAACACGGGGAUUAUGGGCGCUGACCCCACGCAGUCAAAAAUCUACGUAUAACUUUUGACAUCCCCAAAAUUUAACCGCUAAUAGCCUACUGUUGACCAGAAGCCCUGCCAAUAACAUAAACAUAAACUUUACGGGGCUGUACCAUAUCAAACAAAAAAUCCAGAUGUAAGUGAACCUGCACAGUUCAAACCCGUGUUGUCCAAGGGUCAGCUGUACAUUAUAAAGUAAACCCUCCCUUGGAGCGCAUGGGUGGCUCAGUUGGUUAAACGUCCGACUU